CGCUGAGAGGCUUUCUUCAACCACAACCUCAAUCAAUCAAGCCUUUUCCUUUUGUUCUUUGCUUUGCUAGCUCACUUGCUCUCAAACUCAAGAGCCCCCAAAAACACCCUCAGUGUCUAAGUGCUCUCUGUUUAAGUGUCAAUGGCUGGCUUUUCAUCAUCAAGAGCUCUAUCUUCAUCUUCUCUGUUGCUCAUCUUUAUUUUCUUCAGCUUCUCAGAAGCCAGAGAGAUAUUGGUUGGAGGCAAAACAGGCUCAUGGGCAAUCCCAUCCUCUGAAUCCCAAUCUCUCAACAAAUGGGCUGAAAGCACCCGUUUUCGGGUCGGCGACACUCUUGUGUUGAAAUAUGACAGUGCCAAAGACUCGGUGUUGCGUGUGACCAAGGAAGACUACGCUAACUGCAAUGUUUCAAACCCAAUUGAACAGCACAAGGAUGGUGAAACCAAGCUUCAUCUUGACCAACCAGGGCCAUUCUAUUUCAUCAGUGGAACCAAGGGCCACUGUGAGAAGGGGCAGAAGGUGAUUGUGGUUGUUAUGACCCCAAGAAAACACUAUGGUAUCUCUCCAGCACCUUCUCCGGCAGAGGUUGACGGUCCCGCUGUUGCUCCAACUAGCAGUGCUACAAGCUUGCAGGGUGGUCUUCUGGUUGUGGCAUUCGGGAUUUUUGCUCUGGGGUUGUUUUGAUGUGAGAAUUUUUGGGUUUUAGAGGGUGGGGUUAAUGAUUUGUUCAAUUCUUUAUUCUUAUUUUCAUAUAUGAGUGGGGUUCUGAGA